UGACCGUUGAAACCAAUUCGAGGGGGAAAUUUUACCUUUAUACCAAAUUAAAUCCAAUAGGCGAAUAAGCUUGUGAAGAAACAUUCAAUAUCACGAAAGUCUAGUUAUGGUUGGCUCUUCCUCUUAACUAUUUAUACCAGAAACUAAGCAUUUCUCUGCUCCUCCUUUCUCUCUCUCCGCAACCUCUCUGAGAAAUCUUUGCCGAUUAAAAUACGUCCAGGUUUUAAUAGCAGUCCCUUCCUAGGAUCAACCAUGAUGCCUGAAUAUGACUACCUGUUCAAGAUAUUGCUCAUUGGGGAUUCUGGAGUUGGCAAGUCAUGCCUUCUGCUGAGAUUUGCGGACGAUUCUUACGUUGAAAGCUACAUUAGUACUAUUGGUGUUGACUUUAAAAUCCGCACAGUCGAGCAAGAUGGAAAGACCAUUAAACUUCAAAUUUGGGAUACUGCUGGUCAAGAACGAUUUCGUACGAUUACGAGCAGCUACUACCGGGGUGCACAUGGAAUUAUUAUUAUCUUUGAUGUCACAGAUGAAGAAAGCUUCAAAAAUGUCAAAACAUGGCUGAAAGAAAUUGAUAAGUUUGCAACAGAUAAUGUUAAUAAGCUCUUGGUUGGUAAUAAAUGUGAUAUAACCUCCAAGAGGGUGGUGUCCAAUGAAACUGCCAAGGCUUUUGCAGAAGAAAUUGGUAUUCCAUUCUUGGAAACUAGUGCCAAGAAUGCUACCAAUGUAGAGGAUGCGUUCAUGACCAUGGCUGCAGAUAUAAAGAAAAGGAUGUCUAGUCAGCCAGCAGCCACUCCUGCUGCUAGACCCACUACAGUGCCCAUCCGCGGAAAACCUGUCAAUCAAAGUAACACUUGCUGCUCAUCUUGAUUUCUCCAGGCAUAUUUUGGAUACUAGAACUCGGUAAAACUGAAAGAUAACUAGCCUGCAGAUGCAAAGGGUUGUUACUUGCAUAUCUUCUCAUGUGUACAGAAAGCCCAAGAACAUAUUUUUGAUGCACAACAUGAGCAGACACUUGGAUAGAUUUGUCGGAUUGGAAAUUUUUAUAUUAAUAACUUAAUUCUUACACAUCUUUAUAUGAUUGUUAUAUUUUUCUCGUUA